AUGUUCAAAAUGCAUUCUAAGUUCUUAAAUUUAUCUAUCAUGGCUACUAUUGCCAGUGCCUUCGAGACUUGCUCUUUUGGUCUAACCGCGUCUGGUGGUGUAUCCGGACAUCUUGGACAAUUGCCUGAUGGGCAGAAUAGAAUUGGGGGAGGUUAUCCACCAUCUACCUACAAGAUUAGUGAUGGAGGUAUUGUUGAUUCAUCUAGUAAUGGCUGCAUCCUUACUCCUCAAGUUCAACAGUUCCAGUGUGACAUGGGUGUUGGCCCGGAACGCGGAUUUACAAUUGCAGACAAUGGUGUUUUAUACCAUAACCAGAACCCCGAGUUUUAUGCCUGUCCAUCAUCUGAUACGGACUGGAACGUAUAUACAACCCCUGUUCCUGGACAAGCCAAAUGUGUUAGCAUCACACUUACUGCGGAUAAUUGUCAUGGUCCAUCAUACUCGCCAUCAGCAUCGACACCUGAAUAUGGUUAUGCCCCUCCAGCUGCAACAUAUUCAACUCCUGUUGGCCAGGGUUACCCUUAUGACUCACCCGCUCCAGUGUGCCCAGUCUCGACUGUUUAUGUAACAACCACGGUCACUCACUCAGAUGUAUACCAUAAUCCUGCUCCAACUCAAUACGUUCCAACUAGCUCCUACGUUUAUCAGCCGACAACUUCAUCUCCUGUAUAUUACAGUGCUCCUGCCUAUACCUCUACACCAAAGGCUCCAGUGUAUAAAGCUCCAGAAUACACUGCACCAAAAGCCCCAGAAUACAAAGCUCCAGUAUAUACUGCACCAAAAGCCCCAGAAUACAAAGCUCCAGCAUACACCGCACCAAAAGCUCCAGUGUACAAAGCCCCUGUAUACACUGCGCCAAAAGCUCCGGUGUACAAAGCUCCUGAGCAUUAUGCUCCCCCUCCGAAGGCUCCAUACUAUGAACCAAAGGCACCCUACUAUGCACCAAAACCUCCUCACUAUGAACCAAAGGCUCCAUACUAUGCACCAAAAAUUCCUCACUAUCAACCAAAGGCUCCAUACUACGCACCAAAAAUUCCUCACUAUCAACCAAAGGCUCCAUACUAUGCACCAAAAAUUCCUCACUAUCAACCAAAGGCUCCAUACUAUGCACCAAAAAUUCCUCACUAUCAACCAAAGGCUCCCUACUAUGCACCAAAAGCUCCGUACUAUGAUCCCAAGUAUCAGGUAGCAAAUGUAGGAGACAACAAUCCUCAUAGCUCGGAAAAAUCAGAUGCUGUUCAUGGAUCUUCUCAUGUUAACGUUGAAGACCAGCCAACUACUUCAAACCAACAUUCAAACAUUGUUAAGCAUGAGAAGACUGGCAUAGAUAACAAGGUCCAGGCGGAUAGCAAUAUUGAAAGCAAAGAUAUUCCAGAGAACGUUAUCCACGCUAUUUCCAAACGUAGAGUUCCCGAUUCUCAGGAACCUCGCAUUCAUCGGCUCAAUAUUCCUUCAAUUCCCUCAAUUCCCUCGGUCCCUACAGUGCCAAAAGUUCCUGGUUCUAAGGAUAACAAGGUCCGACUUGUUCCUGGCACCCCAUCACUACCGACCGACCUCCCCAAUCCUAAGAACGGCGCUACUAAAGUAUUGGGGGGUUUCCGCACCAUUACUCGUCCGGCUACAGCCGCAACUGGUGCAGUCGAAAACCUCAGUGGGCAGUAA